AUGCGGCAGGUCCACAGUGUCCAGUUCAUGGAGUUCUCGGAAGUGGAGAACCAGGAUGACUACUACAGCAUGGACGCUGCUUGCAUCUACACGCAGGACCAGCGUGGAGUACAUAUCAUGUAUGAUGAAGCCUUGAGUGAUCUGAAGGAGCUAGAGGCAGAACUGCUGCUUGUGGCCAGCCAUUACAUUGAGAAAGGAAAAGGUCACAAAGAGGGCAACGAGUCAAAUACUGGCCAGGACUGGGGAUGGGCCCAUGCAAGUGUGGAUAGAUUUGCUGUGCUGUAUGACAUGUGGACUUGGGAAGCAGCCCUUCUAGAAAACAAGCGUCAGCUUCUUAACUGUUACUUUGAAGCCUACCAGCACGUUCUGGACCCUGAGGAGAGGUUUGCCUUAGCACAAGUGAUCACUGACAUCAUGCACAGGCGCCCAAGGUUUGAUUUCAGCCACCCUUACUUCAUUAAGGCCUACCGAGAUGAAUGCACCUGUCUGAGGCUUCACUUGCAGCUCGUGAGGGGCAUCCUCAAUCAGCACAUAGAGUGUCAGCGGGAGUAUGUCCAGAGGCUUUGGCAGGAAGGCCGUCCGGAUGAUAGCAGUAACUUUGGGCUUCCCCUUAACAUAAUUUGCAAACAACUUGUUUCCAUCAACAAUAGCUGCCCAGCUUUGAAAAACAUUUAUCUGCUGGAGUUCCACCCUUCCCUGGGUCUCGCAUCACUCAUCCCCCGAUCCCUUGAGUACCUCCUCCGGGAGGCCCGCCACACCUGCAGACCCACAUCCGUCAGCAGCCUCACCUUGCUGGAGAGGCGUGUGCUGCAGCUGGCCCUGGAUGUGUGGCUCACACCAGCCAGGCCCGAGUCCUGGUACAGCAUUCAGCUCCAGAGAGAUCUGUUUUCAGCUAAAGUAAUGGGAGAUCCCUUUCUCCUAGAAGAGAUAGGUCUGCUCGCACUCAAGUCUGCAGCAGACAAAGGAGAGAACCAAAGCCAAGAUUCUCCUGUGCUGCUCCUGGAGACAUUUUCCAAACUUCUAGAACUUCUGACCCUCCGCCACCGGCUGAUAGAAAUGAGUCUGGAGAGUGUACAUUUAGCUCGUCUCUAUAAGGAAUUGGCAUGGAAGAUGGGUUUUGAAGAGUUCCAUUUGUAUCUGAGACCUGUUCACUUUGAAUUUGCACCACUCAAAGAAAAAGUGGACCGUCCAUCUCCUGUCUUUAUCACCUCUCUACUGAAGGACACUGAUCAAGUGGACAGAUAUUCUCCUACUACUCUUGUCUUAGCCAUCUCUGAGGUGGAUGAUCACCAGGUUGGCAAGUUUAGCUUUUAUACAAAGGAAGCCAUCCUUAAGCUCUUAUUCCAUUCAGGAGUGGAAAAUAUGCAAGUGACCCUUGCAUGCCAAGCAGCUCAGAAAAAUGCCUUGAUGGUGGCUGUCCAACAGGCAUCCUUCUAUCACACGCCCUGGUGGGGCUGUCCUGCUGAUGUGAAGGUCAGCCUAUAAGAUAGAGAAACCUGA